AUGGCUCUCGAACGUCAAGUGCGCGCCAAGCUCGCUGGAAAGCGUGACCCGCAACAGGAACGCGAGGCCCAGGAAUGGAUCGAGUCAGUUUUGGGCAACAAGUUCCCCGCCGGUGAAGCCUUCGAGGACGUCAUUAGGGACGGACAAGUCCUCUGCGCGCUGAUGAACAAACUUUCUCCCGGCGCUAUCCCGAAGGUCAACACCGGUGGUGGUCAGUUCAAAAUGAUGGAGAACAUCAACGCUUUCCAGAAAGCUAUGAAGGAGUACGGGGUGCCCGACGUUGAUGUCUUCCAAACGACUGACUUGUGGGAGAAGAAAGACAUCGCCCAAGUAGUAACAACUCUGUUCGCUCUCGGCCGCACGACGUACAAGCACCCAGAAUGGAAAGGACCCUACUUGGGACCGAAACCGUCUGAGGAGUGCAAACGCGACUUCACCGAAGAGCAACUGCGUGCCGGACAGACCGUGAUCGGUCUCCAGGCCGGGUCGAACAAGGGUGCCACCCAAGCUGGUCAGAGCAUCGGCGCUACUCGCAAGAUCCUUCUAGGAAAGUGAACGAACAUCAUCUGUCAAUAGAUCAGUGAUUAAAAUUUCUAUUUUGUAUGUACGUGUAUAUACAUAUGUUAUGUAUUUAUUUUGUAUUUUGUAA